UUGGGCCUGCUGCUUUGUGAAUGGACACAAACAACAAUCAUGAGAGUCAGGGAAGUCCUCUCUAUUCUCCUGCUUCUCCUCAGGACCAGCUUGGAGGAAGACACAGUGGCAAAGGACCUAGGGGCUCACCAGCUGGAGCGCCUGGUGGAGCUGCUAACCAGCCAGGAGUGUGAAGACCUCCUGUCAGCCCUCUCUCACCCUGAGGACGACAUCUUCCACAAGCUGGAUCACCUUUCUCUGGAGAACAAUGAGCUUGAUUUGCAGGCCCGAGUCAGACGAGACACAGACAAGGAGUCUCAGUGUAGGACAUCUCUGACAGAAUGGCUGCAGAAGCAUGGAAAACAGACUUACUAUGACAGGCUGGCCCGAGCCCUGCAGCAAAUUGGCAGGACAGACAUUGCCAUAGAGGUAGGGAAGAAUAUCAACCAGGACAAAAGCCUGAACAUGAAGCGAUAUGUGGAGGACUACCACAAGCAUGUCAACAACUUGGAGUUACCCAUGGUCCAAACUGAGGAUGACCCCCAUGUAGACCAGCAGCCCCAGGCCAGACAAGUGAGGGACCUAAGGUGGAGUGACCUGGAGCUGUUGGUGGAGAGGGCUCCAGUCCCUCCGUACCAGCGGCGCCCUCUGCAGGGGGCCUGGCCUCUCGUCUACGGCCUCCUGGCGGGCUUCGGUGGAGCCUUCCUCAUCAGCGUGCCCCUUCUCCUCUUCCUUCUUCGUAUCUCCCGUGGCGACCUGCUCAGCCUGUCCUGUAGCAGAGGAAGGUCCUCGUCACAAAGACGCCAUCGUCACCCUAGCCAGACACGAUGGACCAGAGAAGCUGGAAGCUGUGGAGAUGGAUCCUGAAACGUCCGGUGGAAAGGUCAGAGGUCGGCCCAGGUGGCACCAGUUUCUGAACUGAGGGUAAGCUACUGCUGACGAGCAAAUAAAAUCAAAUAAAAAC